UCUUAAUAGGUCAGUACAGCCCUAAAUUAUAUAUUACUAUGUUUUGGUAGUGACAAAUUUUUGGGGAGAGGACAAAUAUUCCAAAACUUCCUGAAAAAACAAUUUGAGUAUCAACUGCACAUGUACUAGAAAUGUAUACUUUGGAUAUUAUGCAAUUUGCAUACAUAAAAGGAAUUUGAAUUGGUAAGAGUUUUAUGUGCUCACAUAAAUAUUUUUUCAAUGCAGUUAACGGUGGCUGUCAGUUUCUUGACUAACAUCUGAAUCCAUACGGUUUUUAAAAUGAUGUAAAUUUUCAUUUCCAGCGAGAGACACUUUUAUUUUGAAAACCGGUCUGUCGUUUAGCGAUUAAAACUUUUAUUUUGAAAAUUCUAAAGCCCGCUGCGGGUUGCAACUGUUGGGCGUGGCCUGUCUUUGAUGUUUUCGUUGCAUUGGUUGCGGUAGCAAAACAAAGCCAAUGUUACAUGCAGCUCUGUGUUGUGAGAUGCGUUUUCAUUAGAAAUUCACUGAGGGUGUUUCCACUGACAUAAAACUGUCAAGUGAAGCCCUGCGUAAGGUAGGAAGGAGGAAGUGGAGUGGGUUUACAGUUGGCGAGGAAAAGAAAGUAAACUGUUCCACAGUGCUGUUCUGGAUCAGCGGGGUGUUUGUCUGUCCUGUAAAGGGCGGAGGAGCGGGAGCAGGACGGGAUGUUUGCCCGGAAAAACAAGCGAGCAGCAGCGCCGAAAGGCCAAGGAGCAGCUGCAGCCAAACAGAUGGGAUUGUUCCUUGAUUUCAAGCCAGAAGAUAUGAUGGACAUGGAGCAAGAUCUGGAUGAUCCGGCUUUAGAAGCCGAAUUUGCUGCCAUUGUUGGGAAGAAACCAAAUGUGGCUCCCAGAGGGAAAAAGGCUGGCAAAGCUCCAUUACCAAUGGAGGAUAUUGAAAAAAUGGCAGAGGCCUGCAUGAAAGACAUUGAUGAUGAUGAAGAUGAGAGUCUGGAGGAUGAUGAAGACCUCUUGGCUGAACUGCAGGAAGUGGUUGAUGAGGAGGAAACGGAAGAUUCAGGAGCCGCAACCCCCGCCUCCCCCAUUAGUGCGGAAACCCCUUCAGCAGAACUGACGCCAGCCAAACAGGACACUAAGGUUUCUUCACUGCCUGGUAGCAUUGAGCACACUUUAGAGGAGAGAAUAAACAUGUAUAGGUUGGCUGUUACCAAUGCCAAAGCCACAGGUGAAACCUCUAAAGUUCGGAGAUAUGAGAGAGGUCUCAAGACACUACAGACUAUGCUGGCAUCAGUACGGAAAGGAGGGAAGAUUGAUGAAGCAGAGAUUCCCCCUCCAGUUGCAUGUGGAGCAUCUGGUCCCAGUCAGCCCCCUGCCCCUGCAGCUUCACCUGAUGAGCACGGGGAAUGUGACAGCGCUGUUGGGAUUUCUCCUAUCUCUGCGGAGGCCGCCCCUGUUGUCAUGGAUCCAGCAUCAAACACUAAAGACGAGUCCUCCGGUGUAACGUCUCCAGCUUCCCUGUCAUCUCCAGAAGGGGAACACAUAGCAAGUGGUACUCAGUUGCACUUAGCAGACUCACCAGCCGAACAGCCCACUAAAGACGUUCUGUUAGAGCGACAGAAGGAGUACAGGAUGGCAGCUCUCAAGGCCAAACAAGCAGGAGAUAUUGAACAAGCCAAAAUGUAUAUAAAGGCCAGCAAGGGAUUCGAUGCAGCAAUUGAGGCUUUGGAGAAAGGCCAGCCGGUGGACAUGAGCUCCAUUCCGCCCCCUCUGUCUCAAGCAUCUACAGUUACUCGCCCUGCACCUCAAAAAGCUGUUACCUCACCUUCAGCUCCUGCAGACAGCGUUUCUGGCCCAGCUCAGCCUCAGACUGUCCUUGAAGCUCUGGAACAGAGAAUGGCCAAGUACAAAGAGGCUUUCACACAAGCUAAGGCCAGCGGGGAUGAUCGCAAAGCCCGCAUGCACGACCGCAUUGCUAAACAAUACCAGGCUGCCAUCCGUGCCCAUAAAGCAGGACGACCUGUCAAUUUUGACGAACUUCCAGCCCCUCCAGGCUUUCCUCCUAUCCCAGGCCAGAAGGCUGCUUCUCCAGAGCAGGGAUUGGCUGCAGUGCUGGAAACGGCCAAUAAGCUGACAUCCAAUGAAGCUGAAACUGGUGAUGAUGAAGAGGAAGAUGAAGAGGGAGAGGAGAAGGCUCCAAAAGUAAGCGACCAAAAGAAGCCCACUCUUGCAGUGCAGCCAACAGUACAGAAGCCCAAGAGGACCCCUUCACCUUCCCCAGACAGAACAUCCAAAAGAGGAAGUCUGCCUGACACUGCUCAGCAGCAGCUGGAGUUUCUCGAAGGCCGUAAAAAGCAGUACAUGAAAGCAGCGCUGCAGGCAAAGCAAAAGAAUGACCUAGAGCAGGCCAAGACCCUCCUGCGCGCAGCAAAGGGUUUGGACCCCUUGAUAGAAGCCGCCCGCAGUGGCAAGACAGUGGACGUAAGCAAGGUGCCUUCACCACCUGGAGAUGAGGAUGAGGACUUCAUCGUGGUCCAUCACAGUGAUGUUCAGAUCUCAGAGAAGGCUGAGGAGGUCUACACUCAACUUAACAAACUACUCAAAGAGCAAUACGAGAAAUGUGUGACGUACUCCAAGCAGUUCACACACAUGGGAAAUGUUGCAGAAACAACCAAAUUUGAGAAAAUGGCAGAACAAUGUAAGAAGAGCCUGGAGAUUCUUAAACUGGCACAGACCAGGGGGCUUCAACCUCCUAAGCAUCACUUUGAGGAGAGAACAUAUCGCACUGUCAGGAUUUUUCCAGAGCUCAGUAGCACAGACAUGGUUGUGGUCAUUGUUAAAGGGAUGAACCUUCCUGCUCCCCCUGGUGUCGCAACAAAUGACUUGGAUGCCUAUGUCAAGUUUGAUUUUCCAUACCCCAGUGCAGAUCAGCCACAGAAACAUAAAACGUCAGUCAUCAAAAAUACCAACAACCCAGAGUAUAACCAGAACUUCAAACUGAACAUCAACCGGAACCACCGUGGAUUCAGGAGAGUCAUACAGUCUAAAGGCCUGAAGCUGGAAGUGCUGCACAAAGGUGGCUUCCUGAGAAGCGACAAGCCGGUAGGAACAGCCCUGCUCAAACUGGAGAAACUGGAAACUGAAAGCGAAGUGAGAGAGAUAGUGGAGCUCAUGGAUGGGCGGAAGUCCACAGGUGGUCGUCUGGAGGUGAGGGUGCGUCUCAGAGAGCCGUUGGGUGGGCAGGACCACCAGACUGUCACAGAACGAUGGCUAGUGUUAGAGGAGCCACAGGUACUGCUGUAACUGACACUGUGAUUUCAUCUUCACAAAGUCUUGAGGUCUCAGUGGUUUCUUAUCAGAGCGGAUGAAGGUAUAGACGGUCAAAGCUCAACAUUGCUGCUAGCCUCGGGUACGAACCACAUAAAGGAGAGGAGCUUACUUAACAUGCUGUCUGUGGUUUGAACCGUUCACAAAAAGACAGUCACUGACAGAGGGAGUCAGCAUUACCUUUAUCAGGGUAAAAGAGGAUGCACCAGGAUGUAAGAGUUGGGAUGGUUAUUAAAAAUACAAGAGAUAUUAAUAAGCAGAGCGGGAAAAUGUGCACAGACUUGCGUGAGAUUGAUAUGCCUUUUAAACGGGCCUUUUGAGAUAGUUUGCCUCUUGAUUUUAUAAUAACGCUCACCCCAACUGUUACAUUAAUGCAUUGGAGUUGAAGCCAAUGAGAGCUAACGUUUUUUUUCACUGCUCUGGGAUGCACUUACGCACUAAUGCCAAAGUAAUCACUGCUGCCGCAGUAAGAUGAAUGACUUAAUCUGUUCUCCCUUAAACUAGGAACCUGUUCCUGCCAUAUCUCAAAUACUAAUGUAUGACUGCUAUGCAAAUGAGUUAUACACGAUUAGCUAUGCAAAAAACAUUUGCGUUUGAAUCCCAAACAUUUAGUCAGACAUUUCAAAAUCUGUUUACAUCCUAUGUGAAUUUACUGCUUGAUUUAUUACGGAUAGGCCGUGUCAAAGUACUGCUGUUAAAUAUUAUAUUCCUUAUAAAUACCAUUAAAGCCAUAAACCAGCUUUUACUAAUUGAACCAGAUGUGAAUUAUUCAUCAGCUGUUCUGAAUAGUCUAUUUUUUAAUGUUUGCUCCAGGAGAUAAAUGAGCGAGCGUACCACGUCAUUUUUCCAAUAAAUUUAGGCUUCGGUGAACUUUCCCUGCACUUUGCUGACAAUCAGGACUAGAACUGGUGCUGCAAUAGUUGUGUACACAUUCUCUGAACAGAAGUGCCAGUUUAGUUGAUGUUAUACGUUAGCAAAAGUAGAUUUUAGUUUUUAUUGUUUUGUACGUAUGUUAAACUUAAUAUAUUAGAGAAAUCUAUUAUCGCUCUUCUUGCACUUGACAGUUGUUCUGUACUAGGGUUGCUCCUAGUAGGCACUUUAGCCACAGAUAGCCAAUGUUUACAUUGCAAUCUAGUGCAACUUAAAUAGAUAGUUCAUCCAUAAAUAAACAUUCUGUCAUUAAUUAAUCACCCUCAUGUCGUUCCAAACCCGUAAGACCUUUGUUCAUCUUCAGAACACAAAUUAAGAUAUUUCUGAUGAAAUCCAAGAGCUUUCUGACUGUCCAUAGACAGCAAUGUAACCGAAAUGUUCCCAGAAACGUAGUAAGGACAUCCCUAAAACAGUCCAUUUGACAUCAGUGAAUGAACUGUAAUUUUAAGAAGCUACGAGAAUACUUCUUGGGCGCAAAUGAAACAGAAAUAACGACUUUAUUCAACAGAAAGUAUUUUCGGUGCUUCGAAAAAAAUUACGGUUGAACCACCGAUGUCACGUGGACUAUUUUAAUGAUGUCCUUAUUACAUUUCUGGGAACAUUUUAGUUACGUUGCUGUCUACAGAGACUCAGAAAGCUCUUGGAUUUUAUCAAAAAUAUCUUACGAACGUCUUUGCUCAUUUGGAACGACAUAGGGGUGAGUAAUUAAUUACAGUUUUUGGGUGUACUGUCCUUUUAAAGGAGAAGUUCACUUCCAGAACAAAAUUUACAGAUAAUUUACUCACCCCCUUGUCAUCCAAGAUGUUCAUGUCUUUCUUUCUUCAGUCAUAAAAAAAAAUUUUUUUGAGGAAAACAUUCAGGAUUUCUCUCUAUAUUGUGGACUUCUAUGGUCCAAAAUGCAGCUUAAAUGCAGUUUCAAGGGGCUCUAAAUGAUCCCAGCCGAGGAAGAACGGUCUUAUCUAGCAAAACGAUUGGUUGUUUUCUAAAAAAAUGACAAUUUGUAUACUUUUUAAACCUCUGAUGUUCGUCUUGUCUAGCUCUGCGUGAACUCUUGUGUAUUCCGGUUCAGGACAGUUAGGGUAUGUCGAAAAACUCCCAUCUCAUUUUCUUCUCCAACUUUAAAAUCGUCCUGUACAUACCUAUACUAUACUAUACAUACCCUAACUGUCAUGAAACGGAACACACAGAGUUCACACAGAGCUAGACAAGACAAGCAUUUGAGGUUAAAACGUAUAUAAAUUGUUUUUUUCUUUUUUUUGUUUUUUUAGAAAAUGACCGAUUGUUUCGCUAGAUAAGACCUUCUUCUUCAGCUGGGAUCGUUUAGAGUCCUUUGAAGCUGCAUUUAAACUGCAUUUUGCGAACUUACUGGCACAAUUGAAGUCAACUAUAUGGAGAGAAACGCUGAAAUGUUUUCCUCAAAAAACAAUUUCUUUAUGACUAAAGACAUGAACAUCUUGGAUGACAAGGGGGUGAGUAAAUUAUCUGUUCCUUUUUUUAUUCUGGAAGUGAACUUCUCCUUUAAGUUAAUCUAUUCAGACAAAUAAGACGAUACCUUUUGUGUAUACUUGCCAUGACCUCAGAAAUAGCUUUUAAAGCAAUAGCUCACCCAAAAAUGAAAAUUUGCUGAACGUAUACUCACCCUCAGGCCAUCCAAGAUGUAGCUGAGUUUGUUUCUUCAUCAGAAAAGAUUUGGAGAAAUUCAGCAUUACGUGCACUUGGAUCCUCUGCAGCGAAUGGGUGCCGUCAGAAUGAGUUUUCAAACAGCUCGAGUUUUCAAACAUCACUCCAGUUCAUCAGUCAAAGUCUUAAAAAGUUAAAAGGCUGCUUGUUUGUAAGAAACAAGUCUGUAUAACCCACUUAUUCCAGUGAAAAUGUCCAUCUUCUGCUGGCCUUCAACAUCAAAAUCCAAUCUGUUUUGGACUCUUUUCACUUGUAAAUGGUGGUGGUUGUUUUGUGCGUAUUCCUCUCCUGAUUCAGACAAGGUAACUUUUUCAAUGGAUGAAACAGUAUAUUAUGGAUAGAUGAUGUCUUGAUGAAUUUCUUUUUUACAAACAGUUUUUCAAGAUGUUAAAUAAUCGUCGUGUGGAUUAUUGAUGUUUUUAUCAGCUGUUUGGACUCUCAUUCUGAUGGCACCCAUUCGCUGAGAAUCCAUUGGUGAGCAAGUGCUGCAAUGCUAAAUUUCUCCAUAGCUGUUCCAUGUAGAAGCAAACUAAUUCACUAUCUUGGAUAGCAAAUUUCAUUUUUGGGUGAGCUAUUCAUUUAACCUUGUUCAGCGUCUACUUUGCAAGUCUAAAAAUACCUAAGUUUUGCCCCAUUUAUAUUUUGUGGUCUGCUGGAUCACAGCUUGUGAAGAAUUGACUGACAUUUGGCUUUUAAGCAUGGACAAUGUACAAUUUAAACCCAUCAGCCUAGUUUUUAGCAUCUGUCCAUUCAUUUCAGUUAGAGUUGUUCCCAUCUCGUGUGAAUUGUGCGGUUGGGCACAUUUUCCAGUCUUGGAUUGAGCUUUAUCCUGGUUUAAAUUGCACUGUCAAUGUUGAUCCUUCAUUACAUGUCUUUUAAUCCACCACAAGGCUUAUAUUGAAAAAUAUUGAUCUCAUGUUACACAUGCCAUAAUGUUUGAGUUUCGUUGUUGUGCAUCUUACUCUAGUUCCCUCAAGAGUCAGCCAUGUAAUUUAUUUCCAUUUUACACCAUUUAUUUAAACAGUUCUGUAAUUAAACGAGAAAAACAAAGAUUUGUGGUUCCUGAUUGUUCUUGAUUAACUAAAAUGGAGACAACUAAUAUAAAAAAUGUUUUCAGUUCCAUGUACAAAGAUGACCUUUUGUAUACUCAACAGGUUUGAUAAAGACUGCUUUUAUUGACAUUUUUAGUGUACAAUAAAGAAAGGUUGUAUUUUU